CGAGCCAGCUUUUCUAUUUUGAGCAUGCACAGUAUCAACCCUCCAUUUCGGCGCACUUUGCAUUUGGAGGACUAGACAUCAUGGGCGAUGACGGGAUGACUGCGUCGGAACUGCGAAGCCGCUACAGCCGUGGAGGCUCCGUCCGGGACUGCGACCUCAGCGCGGCCCAGCUGCGCUCGCGCUACGCCAUCGAAAAGAACACAUUCAAAGACCAUCCGACCGAUAACACGGCGCUGAUUGCUGGAGCCGUGGUUGCGCUGCUGCUGAUUGCUGGCGCGGCGUUCUACUUUACUCAGGGUUGACGCACAAUACUGUAUCCUAAUUUCAACUGCCUUGCAUCUUGUUCUUGGAUAUAGAAUGUCCGAGGGACUUUAUUAAAUUCCACGGGUUGGGUCGCACAAACAACCGGAUAUCAUUAUCCGGUUUCCCCGUCACCAAGU